UUCGUGCACUUUCAAGUACACAAGCACCUCAACUUAGAUUUUCUUGGGUGAGGGGAACAUUACUGAAAUAACAAAAACAACCCCAUAAAGAAAAGCAUAUACUUUUGUUUUCCAAGGUUUCAAUGGCUCUGCAAGCUGCUUCUUUGGUUCCUGCUUCUUUCUCAAUUCCUAAGGAGGGAAAGGGUAGUGUGUCUCUCAGAGACUCCACUUUGUUUGGUCUUCCAUUGUCAGAUUCUUUCAAAGCUGACUUCAGUUCUUCUGCAUUAAGGUGCAAGAGGGAAUUCCAACAAAGCAUUGGUGUUGUGAGGGCCGAGACAGCGGCUACUGCUACUCCGGCGGUUAGUAAGUCUGCUCCAGAAGGCAAGAAGACAUUGAGGAAGGGCAAUGUUGUGGUCACCGGAGCAUCUUCUGGACUAGGACUGGCCACUGCUAAGGCUUUGGCCGAGACCGGAAAGUGGCAUGUAAUAAUGGCCUGCAGGGAUUUCCUAAAAGCUGCAAGGGCCGCAAAAUCAGCUGGCAUGUCUAAGGAGAACUACAGCAUCAUGCACUUGGAUCUUGCCUCGCUCGACAGCGUUCGCCAAUUUGUAGAUAACUUAAGGCGAUCCGAAAUGCCGCUGGAUGUGCUGGUUUGCAAUGCUGCUGUUUACUUGCCAACUGCCAAGGAGCCUAGAUUCACUGCUGAAGGCUUUGAAUUAAGUGUUGGGACAAACCAUCUCGGCCAUUUUCUACUAGCUCGCUUAUUGAUGGAUGACUUGACCAAAUCUGAUUACCCCUCGAAGCGCUUGAUCAUUGUAGGCUCAAUCACAGGGAACACAAACACACUAGCUGGAAAUGUACCUCCCAAGGCCAACCUCGGUGACUUGAGGGGACUUGCUGGUGGCUUGAACGGACUAAACAGCUCGGCCAUGAUAGAUGGUGGAGACUUCGAUGGGGCCAAGGCAUACAAGGACAGCAAAGUAUGCAACAUGCUAACAAUGCAAGAGUUCCACCGAAGAUACCACGAGGAAACCGGAAUCACAUUCGCUUCCCUGUACCCUGGUUGCAUUGCUACAACAGGCUUGUUCAGAGAGCACAUUCCACUGUUCAGAACUCUAUUCCCUCCAUUCCAAAAGUACAUAACCAAAGGCUAUGUCUCAGAAGAUGAAGCUGGGAAGAGACUUGCUCAGGUUGUAAGUGAUCCAAGCCUAACAAAAUCAGGUGUAUAUUGGAGCUGGAACAAGGCCUCAGCUUCAUUUGAGAACCAGUUAUCUCAGGAAGCAAGUGAUGUUGAGAAGGCACGCAAGGUUUGGGAGAUCAGUGAGAAACUCGUUGGUUUGGCUUAAGUGGGACCCUCCACCAUCCUUAGUUGAUUAACAAAUCUUGUCUUGGAGUAAAAUUGAUGUUUCCACAAGAGUGAAGAUCCCAUGAUGGAUAAUGAGUUCCUUAGUAAGGAACCUUUUUCGUUUUGGCUUUUCAUGUAGGAGUCAAUAACUUUUGUGAAUUAAGAUUUUGUUAACAAAACAUCAAAGUGUGGGGGGUGUUAACUGCA